AUGAAAUUUGUUACUUUGUCAAUUAUAGUAUUAGUUACUAUCAGAUUUGCUAAAGCUGAUAUCACUAAAAUGUCUCAAUACUAAUAUUGUGUUUCAUCAGGGGCUUCUAGUAAUAUGUGGAGUUGUGAUACAGCUGCUGACUAAGAUAGAUGCAACUAAAGUUUGUAAUCUUUAAAAGAUUGCUAUUUAGAAGAUUUUAGUUGCUUCCCUAUGUAUGCAUUAAGCUAUGAAAGUUAUGUAAAAUGUUUUACAGAUUGUUCAAACAAAAUUUUAGAUCCUGAUCUCAGAUAAUCAGUAUAAAAACUCGGACUUUGCCUUUAAGGAAAGGCCUUUAGCUCUUGA